GCAUGCUGACGUUUUUUGCUUGAAAAAAUAAAAUAAAAUUGUGUUUUUUUCGUUUAAAUAAAAUGGUUGAAAUGAGGAACUUAAAAAUUUGCUCGAUUUUUUUGUGUAUUACCACAAUUUUAAAAAGCAAUUUAGCUGCAUUAUUAGAACCAAUGAAGCCGUUCAUAGCUUGCCCGGAACUAUUUAGAUAUGUAACGGAAGGCAAUGACAGCUAUGGAAUAGUGACUAUACCCAGGUAUCUUGUCACUGGCAGUAACUUAUUUCUAAAUGUGGAGAUCUGCCAACGCGACCGCAGUCAACAUGACGGGUUUAGUCUUCUACCCGUCGAAGGCUUUCAAAAAGCAAUGCAAAAUAUUUAUGAUAAAAAACCAAUAGAAUACCGCUUUACUUUUCCAUCUCAAUUGGAAUAUCCGAAGCUCACUAAAAUCGCUGUAAAUGGCCACACAAUAUGCUCCGAUGAUACCUAUCCUCCCCCUAUGGUAAUAUUUUCUGCUGAUUACAAAAUUUACUUGCCAUUAAGGACUGCACAGACACCAGAAAGCUCUACCACUCCAUACAUCUCAACAACUCAAAAUGUCAAUAAUUGCUCCAACUACUUCAGAUAUGAGCAAAAAGAUAACCAAACAAUUGGACUGUUCAAAAUUCCAAACUAUUUGUUUAAAACCGGCAUACCAGAAGUCAGUGUAAAAUUUACACAAAAUAAAACUAUCUCAAACAGUAAAUUUGGUCUUGUUGACUAUAGUAACGUUGAUGAUUCCUUGUUGAAUGUGUUAGAGGGAAAACCAGUACUGUUUCGUUAUAACUUUCCAGAUCAAACUGAAAUACCACUUCUUAAGGAGAUCCAAGUAAAUGGCAACACAAUUUGUAUUACGAACAAUCCUCAUGCUGGUAAGAUGACAUUCACCAGUGUACGUACUAUACAGUUACCAGUUGGAUUCCAUAAUUGGAAUAUUAAUACCGACGAUGGAGAUGAUGACGAACAUGACGAAAUGGAAAAUAACAGAACUUGUGGUCAAGAAGUUGGUGUAUUAACACCAUAUAUUCACUUUGGAACUGAAGUUAAUAAAGGUCAAUUUCCAUGGCUUGCAUCCAUAUUUCAAAAAACAGAUAAAAAAUUGAUGUUCAUUUGUGGUGGUUCACUGAUCUCCGCACGUACAGUUAUCACUGCAGCACAUUGUUAUAAGCUUCGAGAACUCACAGCGGAUCGAUCAUGGGUCAAACUAGGCGGCAGUAAUAAAGAAAAUAGUCAAGGAAUGAUAGGUUUUGGUGUUGAAAAAGUAAGCAUACAUCCCGAUUUUAGGAAAAGCAAAAUUCCGGAUGCAGAUCUUGCUUUAUUGGUUUUAACUUCAUCAGUUACCUUUACAGAUUAUAUUAGCCCAAUUUGUCUGUGGAACGAAGCCAGUGACAUCAAUAAAAUUAUUAACAAAAUUGGUUAUAUUGCCGGUUGGGGUUCAACUGAGAACAGCAGUAUUAGCACAACAAGGCCUAGAGUAGCUUAUGCUAGAAUAGUUAGUGAAAUUGAAUGUUUGCAUUCAUCUGAUGGAUUUGAAGCAGUAACCUCAUCUCGCACGUUGUGUGCAGGAAAUCGAGAUUUAUCUGGGCCUUGUGUUGGGGACUCCGGUUCAGGAUUAAUGAUAAGAAAAAAUAAACAUUGGCUGUUGCGAGGUAUUGUUUCUAUCGGACAAACAUUAGACGGUCAGUGUAAUUUAAAUGAAUUUGUUGUUUAUUGUGAUUUGGCAAAACACCUUGAAUGGGUAAAAUCUCAAAUGGUGAACUAAACUUCAUUAAUAUGAACAUAUGAUAUAAUAUAUGUAAAACAAACUAUUAGAAGAACUAUCGAAAUAUUAUUCAACAUCGAAAAAAUGAAAUUAAUUUUGAAACGAUUU